GGCUUUGGAUAGAUGGCAGCUUAAUACACGUAAGAAUGAACUGUGCGACUGGCUGUUUUUGCUAUUUUUUGGCGCAAUUUUGUGAACCUAAGUUGUUCAAAGUGGUGAAUAGAAGCUUACUUAUGCAGCUUUAGAAGAAACUAGUGCGGAAAAGAAAAUGAUACCGCAAGAAGUUAAGAGCACUGGUAGUGUGGGGAAGCUCUUGUCUUCUCCAACCAAUGAGAAUGAGACUGAAAGUGUUUACUCGAGAAUAAACUGUAGUUUUACAAAUCUUUCGGAAAGAUUUGGACAUCACUCGAAGGAUUAUUCAAAGCAAUUUGCUCAUAUUUAUGCUGUACGUCUUACGAAAAUGAGGGAGUUACUGAAUAAAAGAAUACAUAAUAAAUGGGGACCAGAUGUUCGGAUACGAAAAUUGCAUGAAUUGCAAGAGGAGGAGUCCAGGAAAUGUGUUGUGCUUGGAACACUUUUCAAGCAUCAGGAAAUGAAACCGAGUAUACUGAAAGAAAUCAGUGAAGAGCAUCAACUAAUACCACAACCACCAAGAACUCAUUUUUUUGAUGACAGUGACCAACUUAUACUGGAAGAUGAACUUCAGAGAAUUCGACUUGUUGGAAAUUUGGAUGUCCACUUGGUUGUGACUGGAGUGGUGUGUGCUGUGCUAGGGAAUGAAGAUGGUGAUGGGAAAUUUCUUGUUGAUGAUUACUGUUGGGCAGGUGUAUCAGAACCUAUACAACAUCCAUUGCAAUCCAAUGAUGAGAGGUUUGUUGUCCUUCUCAGUGGGUUGGAUUUGGCUAACAGUGGUGAUACCUUGCUGCCAUUUCAGUUAUUCAUUGACUGGAUUGGGGGUUUCCUAGGUGACAUGGGGGAACAGGAGCAUCAGGCUUGCGCUGUGCGUGUACUAAUAGCUGGUAAUUCUGUGAAAGGCUGUGGGGAACACAAGGCUCCUGUUUUACACAACACUUACAAAACUGAUGUUGGAGAUGCUAUUACUUUAGAUGCCACAAAACUUUUGGAUGACUUCCUGGUUCAGUUAACAUCGUCAAUUGAUGUGGACUUAAUGCCUGGGGAGUUUGACCCAUCAAACCACACGAUGCCUCAGCAACCACUCCACUACUGUAUGUUUCCACAGGCUUCUGUUUAUCAGACAUUGCAUGGUGUACCAAACCCUUAUGAGUGUGAAAUUGGAGGACGACGUAUGCUGGGAACAUCAGGACAGCCAAUAGAUGAUAUUUCUCGUUACAGUAAACUUUCUGAUCCGCUCAGUAUAUUACAACUUACUUUGGAAUGGGCUCAUCUUACACCCACAUGCCCAGAUACUCUGUCUUGCUACCCAUAUUACCAGGAAGAUCCGUUUAUAAUAUCAGAGUGUCCAGACAUAUACUUUGCAGGCAACCAGCCACAGUUCCAGUCCAAAUUAUAUGAGGGCCCUGAAGGACAGCAAGUGAGACUCAUCUGCAUACCAGCGUUCUCUAAAACGCAUUCUUGUGUGGUUGUAAACUUGAAGAACUUAGACUGUUACACAGUACGUUUUGAUGCUUCAGAUUCCAUGGGUCCAGGACUAGAUAAAUGAAGUAAAUGUUUCAAGAUGGUGUAAUAUUAAUGAUUAUUUUCUUUAAUAGAGUUAAAUAUUUUUACUGCCUAAUGUCAUCAAGUGUAAUUUUGAAACCUGUUACCCAGAAAUAUUUUCAUUGUAUUGCACUGUGUUAUGAAUAUGUUCUCUGUCAUACUUUGUAGAGUAAGGACUAGCAAGGUAUUUCCAUUUUAUCUUCUCUCGCAGUAGCAGACUUGAAUUAUGGAAAAGGCAUCUUUCAUCUGUAAGAUCAAUAUUUAUCUAUUACUGGUGCCUGUAAUUGAUUUGUGACUGAUAACUAUUAAUGACAUUUUGUAACUUGGCAUUCUAAAUAGUCCAGAAAAAGGUACACUGUUUAUCACCAUUCUGUAGAAAAUGUGUUUUACCAAUGCGGGUAAAAUUUAUUUUCUGAGUUCCUUAAGUAACAACAGCCGGGAGUUUUAUGAUACGAAUGUGACAGUGAAAAGUGUCAUUGUUAUAUUUUGUCUGAUUAUGAUAUGUGUGACAGUAAACAAAGUAAAGUCAUCUAGAUUAGGUAGUAAUUUGGUAUUGUUGUACAGGUAUACUUUUAACAAUCUUACCUAUUACAGAAGUUGAGUUUAUUUGUAACUCAUAAUGUGGCAAUCAUAUAAGCUCUUUCAAAUAUUCCAAACUCAAGAGGUGAUUAAAUUUUGAUUCAAAACACUGGCAUUCUUAGUAAAGAAUGUGUUUUACUGUCAUACAGUUAAUGUGUCAUCUUGUGUUAUUUAAUCUAUGAAACAAAAUUGAUUCACAAAUGAAAAUAGUCAUUUUUCUCUCCCAAACUCUAUUUACAGAUUUCGUUUGGAACAUGUUUUUAUUUAAAUUUAUGAAGUAGUGUGUGGUCUAAUUCCUAGUUUUGAAAACCCUGUUGCUUAGAUUAAUGAAUCUAGCUUCAAUCCUGUUGUAUUGUUGAUUGAUGUGCAUGGACAUGAAGGAUCAAGAGUAAUUAGGGUUUAGAGAAGUGUGCAGUUAACCAAAAAGUUGUGAAAUACUUCUCUUUCUCUGAAUAGUAUCCAUUGAUUGUGAAAUAUAUGGUGUGGAGUGGUUUGGAGAAGAAAGGAUAGCAAGGUGAAGAUGGUUGGUGUGAGAUGAAAAGAAGUUAUUUUGUUGCAGAAUGAUUUCACUCCAUUUCCUUCUCGUUGUUUACUUUUUCAAGUGUUGGUCUCCCAUCAAUUCUAAAUGAGAAAGUCAAGUGUUUGACUCUUUCCAAUUGAAAGAACUUCUUCUGAAAGGAGAUUUCAGAUGCUGUUUCUGUAACUUACCAUUCCAUUCACUUGCUUUGAAGAAACUAUUAUUGAUUUUGAAACUUGUAUUCAAUCAAGUGAAUUAGAUGUGGUAUGUUAAGUCAACGAGUAACAGUGAAUCUAAACAUUAUUAAGUCGGCUGAAUGGUUGAACAUGAAAGUGGUUAAAUAAUGCAGUUUUAUGUGUGCAGUGGUCCUUCAUAUGUAGCUUUAUUUAUAAUAUUAAGUACUAAAUUAGCAUAAUUAAAGGAAAUCUGUCAUGAACA